AUGGAGCAGGCACAAGAUGUCCAUCUCGAAGAAGUCUUCUGGCGAUCGCCGCAACAUGUGCAAAUGAUGGGGGGAUUCCUCCAUUCAAAUAACAUUCUCUUCUACUUUGCUGAAUCGCCCUUCUUCGAUGCAACCUCCAACAACGCCUCACUAGCCAUCCAAGCAAACUACAAUGAAGCCUUUCGUCACUUCCUCGAAACGCGCGAUGUGUUUGAAGGCAGACUCAAGACAAUGCAGGGGCUAGAAUUCAUGGUCGCAUAUGAUCCAUUACAAGCUGCAGCUCAGUCAGACACACAAUUUGCCCAUGAGCCGUCGAACAUAUGGAUUAUUCGCAAACAAAUGCGACAGAAGCGGCCGGGAAUGGAGGAUGAUGUUGUGGUGCUUUCGACGUUUUAUAUUGUUGGUGAUUCGGUUUACAUGGCGCCUGCCGUGUCCAGCGUUAUUGGGAAUCGAAUACUUUCUGCCGUCACAUCGCUCACCAAACUCAUGAAUGUCGCCUCCCCUCUCCCGAUCUUCACACCUUCAUACGGACAUACAUACAUGCCGCCAGGCCCCAAAGCAGCAGAUGCUCCACACGCAGCUGCAUCUCAACAGACUCAACAAAGCAAAGAGUCAACGCCUAUGCCUGAUUCUCAGGCUACCGUCAAGGCUUCCUUAUCCACCGCCAACGUCAAAGAUACCUCGUACCAGGAUACGCGAAACCUGAUGGAAGCAAUGAACCUUCUUUCGAGGUAUGGAGACGAGUACAUGGACGAAACUCCCCUGACUGGCGAGCCAGGCUCUUUUAUUUUGUCAAAGGCCACAGAGACUGCAGGUACUUCGCGGCGGUCUGGGGGUUCCAAGGCUAUGCAUGCGCCUGCUGUUCCGAGGAGGCUCGGCACUCCAGCAGUCACUGACAUGGCGACUCCUUCGAGAGGUGGAGAGUAG